CUCAUACUUCCUCCUCCGCAGCCGGAGAGGAAAUAGAGGAGAUGUCAGCGGUGCAAAGCCUAGGAGAUCCGGGAGCUGACUGGAUCCCCACCACAAGAUCUUUCACAGGCACAGCUAUCUGGAAACUGGAUUAUUAAGCUGCAGCCAUGGAAGGCAAGGGGCCUUAUCGUAUCUAUGACCCUGGCGGGGGGACGAAAGAGGAAGCGUCUGCUGCCUUUGAACGGCUGGUGGAGGAAAAUACCAGGCUGAAGGAGAAAAUGCAGGGAAUUAAGUCUCUAGGUAACGGGGAGCUCUUGGAAGAGUCUCAGUUAGAAGCCUCCAGGUUGCGUCAGAAGGUGGAGGACCUAGUGAAGGACAACGAAAUGUUAAGGUCCACCUCCCCUCUCGACAAACUUGCUGAAAUAGCAGGAGGAAUCCCAGAUCGUAGCUCUUCCCCAGAGGUUCCAGGUGAAGAUCAGAAGGAGAUGAAAAAACCUGCACAUGAGCCAUCCUGCAGUGGGUCCUCAUCUGAGUUUGAAAUUGUUGGUGCUGAAGAUAAGAGGUCUUCCCAGGAGAACAGCGGGAAAUCUGUCAUAGAGCCACUCCAGAACGAGGACGGCAACCUUAUGCUCCACCUUCAGCGCUUGGAGAACACACUUAGCCUCUUUGCUGAGGAGUCGGACAAAACCCAGCUCUUUGCUCACCUGGGGCGCAUGGCUCUGGAGUUCAACCGCCUGGCCUCCAAGGUGCACAAGAACGAACAGAGGACAUCCAUUCUUCAGGUAGUGAUGCCGAACUCUUAUUUUCUUUUUCCUGAGAAAUGUUUCUUUCUGUGGGCCAAGGCAUUGUGUGAGGAGUUGCGGAAUGAGAAUGAGGAGCUGAGGGCAAAGUUGGAGAAGGAACUAGAGCAAAGGAACCAGGUUUCAGAAAAGCUGUGGUGUGAGAAUCUGGAGCUCAGAAAGGUGGUGAUGAUGGACAGCAAAGAAGGAAUGAAAGCAGAAGGCAUAGAAUGUGCCGGACAGCAACAGAAGGGAGCUGCAGAGGAGAAAGCAACAGGGAAAAGCAUGUUGGGGACAAGCGAGAAGAAAGUGAAGAUUCUUGAGCACCAACGCAAUGAGCUGCUGGAGGUAAACAAGCAGUGGGACCAUCAUUUCCGGUCCAUGAAGCAGCAGUAUGAGCAGAAGAUAACAGAUCUACGGCAGAAGCUUGCUGACUCCCAGAAGGCACUGGGGGAGCUGGAGGCAGAGCGGGAGCAGAAGCAGAGGGAUUUUGACCGCAAGCUGCUCCUGGCUAAAUCCAAGAUUGAAGAGGAGGAGACAGAAAAGGAGAGAUUUAGUGGGGAGGUGAAGGAUCUAAAACAGAGGGUGAAGUUCCUACAGGAUCAAUUGGGUCCAGUCACCAGACAAAGGGAGUACCAGGAGAAGGAGAUCCUACGGCUAAAUAAGGCCUUAGAAGAGGCCCUGAACUUCCAAGCCUCUCCUCCUUCCCCUUCGGUCUUCAAUGGCUCUGUUGAGCCUGGCACAAUUAUCCGACAUCAGGAGGUGAUGACUCAGAACGAUCUCCUAAAGCAGCAGGUGAAGAUCUUUGAGGAGGACUUCCAGCGGGAGCGUAGUGACAGGGAGAGGAUGAAUGAAGAGAAGGAGGAGCUGAAGCACCAGCUGGAGAAGUUUCAGAAGCAGUUGAUGCUUACCAACAACCAGCUGCAGCUCUUUAAAGAGGACUGUCGUAAAGAGAAAGAGGAGAAGGACAAGCUCAAGAAACUGCUCAAGCAGCACAAACAGCAUUCUGGUGACAGACUGCAUCCAGAGCCACAGCCAGGACCAGUGGCCCCAGUCUGUCCUGUGUACCAGUUCCAGUGCUCCCCUCCAGUCCAACCACACAUGUAUCGCGGUUAUGAGGAUUGGCAGCAGAUCCGUUACCCACCAUCGGCAAUGGCAAGCGAGCGUCUUCCAGUUCAGAACUACCACCGUUUCCCUCCUCCAGAAUAUACCUGGUAUCCACCCUGCGUUGUAUCACAAAAUCAGAACUCGCAAGCAGUGGACAGUGCGAAACAACUCUCCAAGGAAACUGACCCUACAGGCCAUGGGUUACCUAAAAACCAAAGACCUGCCUAACUCUACGGUGAUGUGCAAGAGCAUCCAAAGUGGAGUUAUGAUAUAUGUAUGUGAGUCUGCAUGUACAGAUAAAACCUCUUUGUGCUUCUGGACACUAUUCACCUUUAAUUGUGUAUAUGGAAUACAAAUACACUUGGAUGCUUAAAGUAACAGCAGCUUUAGCGGAAUUUUCUGAAGACAUAUGAAAGAUGCUACCAAAGAGUGACAGUGCCCUGGUCCUUUUGGGGAAAUCACCACUUGAAAAAUCUACCUGGGCUUCUCUUUCUCACUCAUUCAGCAUUUGGAUCAAUAACUUUUUCUGACCUCAAGGAUUCAGCUGCAAGGGAGCAACUUUCAGACUCCAGUAGCAAAUGCCGGCAGUCCUGUGUCAAGAGACCCUUCAUCUAGCUGAUCCCCUGUGAAGUAACAGCUUUGCAUUUAUGACAUGGCAUCUGUAUUCAGUGACAGCAGAGGCACUCUGUGUGCAAAAUGGCUUGUGGCCAAUGCCUGGACUGGUUAAAGACACUGAAUUAUUGCAAGGAGAAGGAGAGAAAUUCAAUCCUUGUGGUUUUUUCCUGCUCAUGAAUGUCUAUAGCGUAUAGGAAGUAAAUAUACUUUUCCUACCCUGACUAUAUUUUUUUGAAUUUGCAGUUCUAGUCCAGUGGUUUAGCCCAAAUAAACUGUCACUUGAUGCUCCACUGAGUCAUGCUGUACAA